AGUCCUCUUCGCCCUGCCCGCCCGCCCGCCCAGGGCAGCCAAGGCUCUCGGCCAGCCCCAGGCCAGGUGGGUGGCUCUCCGGCUCUCCUCGCUCGCUCGCCCGCCCGCCCUGCCGAGGAGGGAGGGGGGAGGAAGCCAGAAGCAGUCGGGCCCGCAGAGAGGCAGGAGAAGGCACCGCGCACACCCGCCCGGGAACCCCAGCUGGAGGUGUGAGCUAAACCCAACUACACAAGACAGGAGAAGAUUGAAGCUUCUUUCCAGCCUUUGAUGGAUGGCGCCAAAUGGGAAAAGGCUAACAGGGACUGCAUCUCCAACUAUUAGGACAUUUCUGGAUCUUCAAGAGAGCAGUCCUUGCUGGACUUGAUUGGAAACUGUCUGGUCCCUCUUCCCUGUUUUGGGUUCCUCUUUUCCCAAAGUGUUUGGAUCACAACUUUGGAGAUAAAUUAGUUGUAUUUUGGAGCCCAGUCCGCACCUUCAGAGAUGUACCAAGGUUUAGCCAUGGCAGCCAACCAUGGCCCGCCGGCGUACGAGGGGACCAGCAGUUUUAUGCAUGGCACAGCAGCUGCAUCGCCGGUCUACAUCCCUACCACCAGGGUCACCACCAUGAUCCCCAGCCUGCCAUACCUCCAGGGAAGUGGAUCAUCCCAACAAGGCAGUCCUGUCUCCAGUCACUCCAUCUGGACUCCCCCCGGGGCCGAGACUGUUGCAUACAACCCGGGAUCCUCUCACCCCUCGGUGUCCCCCAGGUUUUCCUUCGCCACCGGCAGCCCAAUCCCGCCCACCACCUCCAGGGAGGCGGCAGCCUAUAGUACUUCACUCAGUAUCUCAGCCAACAGCAGGGAACAGUAUGCCAGGAGUUUCAGUGGGUCCUAUUCCAGCCCCUAUCCUGCAACUUACGUGAGCCCAGAGCUGGGCACAAGCUGGACUUCCUCCCCCUUUGACAAUGCCGUACUGCACAACUUCCAGAACCGGGGCACACCUGGAGCUCCAAGACCCCCCAACAUAGAGUUUUUUGAUGAUUAUUCUGAAGGUCGUGAAUGCGUCAACUGUGGGGCCAUGUCAACCCCGCUGUGGAGGAGAGAUGGCACCGGUCACUAUCUGUGCAAUGCCUGUGGGCUCUACCACAAGAUGAAUGGCAUUAACCGACCACUAAUCAAGCCCCAGAGGAGACUGUCAGCUUCCCGUAGGGUUGGGCUUGCAUGUGCCAACUGCCAUACACAUACGACCACACUGUGGCGCCGGAAUGCUGAAGGCGAGCCAGUCUGCAAUGCCUGCGGCUUGUACAUGAAGCUCCAUGGGGUCCCAAGGCCCUUAGCGAUGAGAAAAGAGGGGAUCCAAACCAGGAAGCGCAAGCCAAAGAAUGUAAACAAAUCCAAGACAUCAGCAGGACCAUCCAACAAUGAAACAAAUGGCCAUACCUCAGCCAUUAGUUCUGUCCCCUGCACUAGCACCACAACCACCCCGGCUGCACAAGAAAUGCGCCCCAUCAAGACAGAACCAGGGAUUUCAUCUCAUUAUGGGCACCUGAGCCCACUUUCCCAGCCAUUCUCAGGCUCCUCGAUGCCUGGGCACGGAACUACUCUGCAUCAUGCCAUCUCGGCCCUAAAACUUUCUCCCCAGGGUUACCAGCCAGGUAUCAGCCAGUCUCCUCAGCCUAGCUCCAAACAAGACUCCUGGAAUACCCUGGUUUUAGGUGAAAGCCAUGGAGACAUCCUAACUGCAUAACCAUCUUCCACUUGCUAUGGACUUGGGGCUCAUUGGCUCAGGAUACAAUGACCAACAUUCAAUAAUCAAGCUACAGUGGGGAGAGGGCUUUCUUACCUCACCCACCCCCUUCAAGGGAUGUAGAUUCUGAUCCUAGUAGAACCAUUCCAAAUUAUGCUUUGAAAAAGUGCAGGAGUUUCCUUUGAAUCAUACUCCAUGAAGAUUCAGCCAAAACUGAUCUAAACUUUUGACCCUUUUAUGCCCUCAAAUCACUGUGCUGCAUAUGAAAUUGACAGGAACUCCAGAUUAUUUUUAAGAAAUCUUUAUCUGAUGUCUUGGCCAACAAUGUCCUGGCAUCACUGUUGUCAGUUCAUUUUCUGAUCAUGUCAAACCAGAUGGGAGACCAUCACAUUGCUAUGUUAGGAAGUGCUUUAGAUUCUGUGUUCUUUUAGAAACAAGUCUGGGAAAGACUUGAGGCCAUUUUUGAAAGGUUGGGUUCUGGCUAAUAAUAUAGCAGUGGUCAUGGCUGGUGGACUCCACUGAUGCACAAGUAUCUAAUGAAGGCAGCAACCCAGUAACUUCCCGCAGCACCCCACUGUCAAUGUUAUUGCUUUUCUGUUGCAUGGAUUGUUAUUUUUGUUCCUGUUGCUAUUGUUAAACCUCAUUUUCUUCCUUUCAAAGCAGCAAUUUCCCCUUCAUUACCUGGCACAGUAACCCCCCAAAGUCAUAGUUUCAUCCUUAUUCUUUUAUAAGCAAUCUUUGGGGAAAGGGAACAGAAAGAGAAGGGCUCCAAGAAGAAAGAGAAAUUUGAAUCAGCAGCAGCAUCUUCAAGCAUAGCUGGGUUUCUUUGCAGAAUCAGGCAACCAAAGGGAUUCUGAAUUUGACCUGAAGUUCAGUGCUUCCUCCAGUGUGUGCCAGAUUGCCAGAGCUAAAUACAAGUUGAACCAGCCCUCAAAAAUCCAGUCAAGUGGUUUGCUAAACUUUGUUUACCAGCUCUGGCAAAUGGUCCUUACUGAUCUCCACAUCAUGCCAGUCUUUACCAGCUGGUUUCUUCACUGUUAAAUGCACAAGAGCAGGACAGCUUUGUUCUGCUCUGUAAGCAACAAAGCCCACUGCCUGUCUUUCCUGGCACACCCCUGGAAGGCAGCCUUUGCAAACAUGGACCACUUCUAGUCUGGCAAGUUGCAGGUUGAGUAGGUUACAAUACAACAGUGUCAAAAUUCAGCCCUUCUGCCUAGUCCAGAGUCUUUUAUAAAGUCCUUGAGGCUUUUGUUUUUAAUGAAUAAAGUUUUAUCUAACUGAAAUCAAAGAAAAAAAAUAAGUGGAAUUGUAACUUUUAAUUCUCAAAGCAUUUUGUGCAUUUUAACAUGUUACCUUUUCCUUUGUCUCAAAGAGUAGCAGCUUUUUACCACCUUUGGCACAGUUUGGAACUUCAGCUGAAAGUUAGACACUGAGAAUUCUCAGUGCAGCCUUUUGAUAGCAAAUUGAAAUUCCUCUCUUCCAAUCAAACAGCUAGCAGGCAACAGUAUGUGGCAGGUUGACAGUUUUUUGCUAGGGGAGAGCAGGAGCCACAAGUUAGACUGCGCUGAUCAAGUUGGCCCAAGAGAGGGUCUUCUUUUGCCUGUUAACGAACACAAAUAUUAAAGCUACACACAGUCUGAGAAAGCCCUGUGCAAACAGUGCUUUUCAUUUUCCCAUCAAAUUCUCAGGGUAAAGAUGCCUCUUUCUCUGUGUUUCAUUCUCUAAAAUUUGCCAGUGUAUAUGUGGAGAAGGAUCUUCUUGUAUGCACAGUGCAUCCCAUUCUGUGUCCAUAGCAUGCUAUCUGAAAUGAGAGAUUCAUGUUCAAACAUGUACAUGCUGUGGGAGGCAACACUGGGAUUACCAGCUAUUUUUACUGCCCCUCUUGCUGGGCCAUUGGCAGAAGCUUUUGACCUCAAAAAGGCAAAGCUCUCAUGACUUUUAAUCUUUGUUUUUUAAUGUCAGGGAAAAAAAACUUGAUAGGUUAAAUGUCUGCAUUCUGUCGUUAAAGACUUGUUAAUGAUAUGGGACAGCCAAUAAAAUCAAGAAAAAAGUGGCAGCAGGGUGUAGGUGUGUUCCAGAAUGUUCCUUUCCAGCCUACUUCUCCUGAGAGAUGAAGGCUUGUGACAGAACGCUCCUUGAGAGCCACAUUCACCAAGAACCACAGGACUACUACAUCCCCACCAGAAACACACCAGAGCUCCAAUCACACACAUUAAAGAAUACAUUCAAUGCACUUUUAAACUGGAUUUUACUGUGUGAAUUGGCAGCAUCCAGUUGGAAAGUGCAUUGAAAGUGCAUUAUUUAUUGAGUGUGAUCACAGCCAUAAAAAAGAUGCAACCAUUAAUAUUAAAUUUGUAAAUAUAAUUAUAACCUUUUAAAUUACCGGACCUACUUCUGAGCACCCAGGACUGUGUCUCCCCACCGCAACUGAACCUGUGUACCCUUAAGCUUGGCUUUCUGCCUUCUUGCUUUCUCCUCAGCAUGAAUCACAGUUGCCUAACUCAAAUAGUGAGACUGCUGAGGUGCCUGGAGGAGAGUAAGCUGGCCAUGGAGAAACAGGAAUAAAACCACCACGUGCCUCUGCAGUGGCCCAGCUCACUCUUUUCCUGGGUGACUGCCAUGUUGGUGGUGAUUGGAUUUUCUUCUGUGUGCUCAGAGGCUGCAGAGAAGGGUGGGGAUUUGUUGGAGGGGACAGGCCUUUUACUGCCCUUCCUGGCACAGGGCCUGCACUUUGUGGAGGUUUACAAUUGGCCCUUCUUCUUGUUGCUUCAGCGGUGGCUGUUUCAAUCUGGAAAUUACCUGACAAUCAUAAGCCUCACUGGGUAAUAGCCUUGUCCACAAACCCGAAGUGUGGGGCGGGUAUCUUGUUGGAGAAUGUAGCUCAGAACAGUCACAGUUAGCAUAAUGGAGAGAUUCAUGUGGUUCCAAAGCCAUUUCAUGUGUAUCACUGGAUUAGGCACAUUUAUGAAAGACAGAUCAAUCAAUGACUAUUAGCCAUGACAAAAGGAACUUCUAUGUUCAGUAGCAGUGUGUAUUUCAGCUGCUAGCAUAGCUUUGGCCUUUAUUCCUAACUUUGGAUUCCUGAACUUUUGGUCCAGUCUGAUUUUGUUUAUGUUAAAUCUGCGGUUGGAGCCCUGGGCAGAGUGGCCAGAACCCCAUUAGAUUAAGAGACUCACCACUGGUACCACUAUAUUUAGGCCAGUAAAAGUUUGAUGACUUUCAGUGACAUGCUUACUGCCCCUUCUCAAACAUUUUUUUUAAUUCUGAUAAGUUCACUUGUAGACGUCUGUAACUCCCCAGCACAUGGCUGUUUAAAUAGAUGCUUAUUUGUAUUUUUUUUUGGGGGGGGGAGGGGGUAAAGAAGAACCUGACCAAGUUUCUUUUCUAUUUAAAGUUGUAAUUUAUAUUAUGAAACAAUAUGCCUACCAAUCUGCAUAUCGACUUCACCAAGUAGAAUGUAAAAUAAUAGACAUUUGUUUUCAAAUAAAGAAACUGAUUUUUUUUCUUUAA